GUUCCCAAUCUCAAGUUUUUCAUCGUAAUUCCCCUGAAGGGUUUCACAUACAAACACACACAAAACAUAUUCAUCCAUUCCCUCGGGAUUUCGAGCCCGUAAGUUGUUAAAUCUUAAGAAUUACUAUCCUUUCAUUCAAAAAUCUCUUGUGUCUUUAAGAAUCGCACCGUAAAAAGACAGAGAAGACUCUUCAGGUUACGCAGCCCCACACAAAAAUGUACCCGCCAAAUGGUUCCCUGUCAUCACCACAUUCCGGGGGCGUUGACACCUCACCGUUGCUGACCUCCUCAGUAGCCAACCAUCUCCUCCGUAUCCGCCGUCCACCACAACUUCGAGGCGCUGCCGCCCGUCUCCUCCGACUGGCAAGCAGCCGCGGAAUGAUGCUGAGAGAACCAUCUGUUCGUGUUCGUGAGAAUGCAGCCGAGCAGCUUGAAGAGAGGCAGAGUGGCUGGGGUUACUCGAAGCCGAUAGUUCUUAUUGAUGUUUUGCGGAAUUUGGCGUUUGUGAUAAUAGCUGUUGGUGUUUUGGGGUUAAGUUUGGAGGAGAAGCCAAAGGUGCCUCUGAGAGUGUGGAUUGUUGGGUAUGGAUUACAGUGUUUGUGUCAUGUUGUGUGUGUUGUUGUUGAGUAUAGAAAGAGAAGGAAUUUGGGGUUUGAAGAAAGUGGGAUUUUGAGCUCUGGGUCAGGGGAUUCUUUGGGUUUUGGGACUCGUCGAAGUGGAAAUGAUGGUGAAGAUACUAGCCGCGUGCCAAAGCGUGUGGAAUCUGCAAGUACGAUGGUUUCAAUUAUUUGGUGGGUUAUUGGAUUCUACUGGGUCACCGCCGCUGGUCGCCAAGAUUUGGAAGAGAAUUCACCUCAGCUUUACUGGCUCUGUGUUACAUUUCUUGCUUUCGACGCGCUCUUUGUAAUCAUAUGCGCUGCUGCUGCAUGUCUCAUUGGUAUUGCUGUUUGCUGCUGCCUUCCAUGUAUAAUUGGCAUCUUGUAUGCUAUGACAGACCCGCAGGAAGGAGCGACAGCAGAAGAGAUUGAUCGAUUACCAAAAUACAAGUUUUGCAGGGCAGAGGCUUUUGAGAAAGUUGAUGGUGAAAAUCCAGAAAUUUGUGGAGGGAUGAUGACUGAAUGUGACACUGACACACCCAUUGAACGUGCUGUCUCCCAUGAAGACGCUGUGAGUAUCUCAACAAGCAAUCUGGAAUGUUGCAUUUGCCUUUCUGCCUAUGAAAAUGGAAGUGAAUUACGUGAACUUCCUUGCAAUCACCAUUUCCACUGUAUGUGCAUAGACAAGUGGCUUUGCAUCAAUGCAACCUGCCCUCUCUGCAAGUUCAACAUUGUAAAAGCUGGCAAUCGAAGUGGCAAUGAAGAAGCAUAAAAAAUCAGGUUUUUCGAGAAGAGCAUCUUCCCAUAAUCCGAGUGUAUCAUACCUUGCAGUUCUUGUUCCUUGACAAAAGGAACAGAGAGUCGAUCAGUGCUUGGUGCCUGCUACUUUCUAGCCUCCAAAACUCGGCCUGUUGUACCAAAUGCAGGCAUUCACCACAGGAAAUGUGUGCAUGUUUUAUGCUCUGUAAUCUGUAUAUAUGAUUGAAGUUCAGCGUAGUGCGCAAAGCGAGACACGUUUUUUGUUUUAAAUCGAUGUAUUUGGCUAACGAGCUGUAUCUCAAGCUGUCAAA